AUGCUGCUAUUAUUAUUGGGAUUCAUUGCUCCAGCUGUUCUUUUUGCAAUUUUGGGAUUAAUUGCUUGUAUCAGAAGAGCGCCUUACGCCCAAAUUGAUGAAGUUAAAGUCACACAGAGUCAAUCAACUGUUGCCACUUCAGAGUCUUUUCAGAGAACAAGAGCAGAAAUAAACCGAAGAAGAGCCGAUCCAGUCGAUCCUCCAAACUCUCGUCCUCCACUUUCACCUGAUCUACAUGAUUGUCAACAAUCCUAUUCACAUGGAUAUCAAAAUCAUUAUUUUGAAACAUUCACUCUGCCUCCUUCAUAUUCAGAAACCAUUGCAUUGGACCAAAUGGGUGCUGCCACGAGUCCAACAGAAGGCAAAAAGGAUGCAAGGUCUGAAAACUCUUCAACACCUCAUUCAAAGCAUCUUCCCUCUCGUCAACCUCGAAUUUUAAUCACAGCUGCCUCUCCAAAUUUACGGGAUAAUUACUAU